AUUCAACACAAAAAAUAGAUAAAGCAGUACAAUAGCGUACUGUUCUUCGACGCCACAUCUUUGAUUUUGAAUGAAGCAAUGAACUUUCACGAACGUGUUCAGUUCAUUUUUUCUCUGAUAACGAAAGUGGAAUAAGAGAUUUUUGAUUCCCGCGACUCAGCUAUCUGGUGUUGAUUUGAUGACCUUUCAACCCGAUACGAACUGGAGCGUGUAGCUGACUGAAGAAGAAAAAAACCAAAACAUUGGUUUGCUCGAAGGUGUACAAACAUAACCCCAACUCGCACUUGAGCCGUUUUAAAUAACCGUUGUUGAACGAACAUUCUGUGAAUAAUUUCUGUAAAAAGACGUUUAUUCUUUGACGAGGUCAGGGAUUACCUAUCGUCCCAGCUGAUGAAAACAUGGCAAACUGCUUCAUCCGAUGCUGUCGAGUGGUUAAGCACUUGCCUGUUCGUGUCAUCUGUAUUUUGGUUUUCAUCCUUCACACCAGUGUUGUGGAUUACUAUCUAGUGGAACACAAGGGGAAUACAUUGUUAUGGUUCCUCGUAGCAGAUAUCGUAAUUUUUUGUCUAUUCGUUGCAUCGUUUAUUGUGUCAUUUCAAAGUAUCAGACAACCUAAUACAGAUUCUACUAUGGAAAAAGUGGCCGGUUGGCUCGGUGUAGCUUCAUGGUCCAUUUACGCUGUCAUAGUGGCCAGUAAGUCUGGAAUUAUUUUCAUUGACUUUGCAGAUGACCUUGACGAAAGUAACUUUUUUGGUCCAAACACACUGAAAACUGCCUUAGCCUUAACCGGAGUAGUGUUUCUGCUUCAAAUUUCAUCACUUCAUGACGCCAAGCCGGGUUCUGAGAGGAGGGCAUACAUUGACGAGUUAGCGGGUACCGUCAUUUUUGACGUCAUGGACUGUGUAGACAGCAUGGAACCAUUGUUCAUCAAAGAGGAUCGGGAAUCUUUCCCACCAGGUCUUGUAGAAGCCAUAGUUGCGAUAGCGUGUUUGAAUUUUGUUAUACCUACAAUUCCUCUUCUCACGCUUUCACACAGCAAGUUCGGCCACGCAAUGCUUCCUCGUCGUCUCGUUAUGAUACACAAGAUUCUUUUGGCAUACAUUAUUAACCUGCCUCUUUUAACCAUGAGAAUGAUUUUAUGGCACGGGCUAAAUCACGGCGUCUCUAUAUUUUCCUUAAAGAAUGUAAUUGUGAUCGGCGUGAUAACUUACGACUUUUAUGAGCAUCAUGAAGCUGAUAUGGACGAACCAGAUAAACCCAACCAAGUCAAAAAAGCAGAGGAAACAUUUUCAGGAGAAGAGUACAGUCUUGAAAACCGUUUUAACUAUGAAUGACCUUCUGUUCACUCACUAAAAUGUGCUGCGAUCAACUCUUCAGGACUCAAAGAUAGUGGCUCAGCUUGUGUUAGAAUUUAGAUUGUACCGCAUUUACUCACUAAAAUAUGCCGCAAUCAACUCUGCUGGACUCGAAGAUAAUAGCCCAGCUUGUGUUAGAAUUUAGAUUGUACCGCGGCUGUGGUCGUAUACGGACUAUGGAAUGAUCCGUGAAAUAUAGAAACCUCUGGAUUCCAACAGGCGAAAUAGUAGCUAGUGACGUAUAGAAUGACAUCAUCAUUACAGGGUAGUGCGUAAAUCAAUCAUCGUCGUAUACCCACGGGUGAUCUCGUUCUUUACUCAUCACCUGUGGACAAACUCGCCGAAAUAUCGUCGUGAAAUAUGAUAAUUUGUUGAUUAUAGACAACCAAUCAGCAAAUUGAACUCUUCAAUUUUGAAGAUAUGUUUAUUAGUUUGCUAUUUAUGCUAAAUAUCUCGACGCCUGUUGAAACGUGCAAAGUUUGUUUUUAAAACGAUUAAAGACAAGUCGUACAGGUCACUUACAUCAAAUACCAGAAAAAAUUAUAUGGGAGUACCUUUCUCAAACUGCGAAAUGCACCGGUGAGUGGAUUUAUUUGCAAGCGAUGUGUUAUCUACGGAAAAGUGUUGUCAUUGCCGAACAUACCUACGUAACAUAAACUUCGAUUCGUUGAUUUGCCAUCGCGACCCUAUGCAGCAGCCAAUCAAAUGACCAGAGCAUAUUAAUUACAUACGAUGAUUUUUCAGCGAGUUUGCCCACGGGUGAUGAGUAAAAGACGAGAUCACCCGUGGGUAUCCGAUGAUGUAAAUCAACUAGCAAAUUAUAUUCUAUACUGCUUAGAAGUCACUUCUAAACUAAAGGAAAUAGGAUUGAUCACUGUUCGUUAUAUUCGCCUUUCAUUGUGUAUUUUAUGGAAAUUGUAGAACCCGGCACUGUUUGUAUUGUAGUGAAAUUGAAUGGAAUCCGGUAUAGGCAUGGGAAAAUGAGAUUUUCUCAAAACAGAAAAUAAAAAUUGCAACCAA